UUCUAGCAGUUGAAAGAAACUCUUGCAAUAUCAACGGAAAAAGAACAACGCAAUUUAAUCAAUACCAUAGAACAAUACACCUUAACAACCCACAAAGACUGGGUCGAGCAUUUUAAAUCCUUGAAUCGGAGUACGAAGCAGUCACGUGGGUGGAUGUGAAACGAAGCUUCGGGAUAGAAUGAAUCAUGCAUCGAUAGAAAGCUUCACUAGGAGUCGUUUGAUUUUUUUUGAUAGUCGCAUCGGAGCUUUGGUGUCACGGCUAACAUCACUUGUUUUGGGCUUUAUGGAAAGAAUGUCGUACUUAUUUUUAUAAGAUUAAGUUAAAUUACCAGACGAGAGAACUAUAGAAAGCAUACACUGCGAUAUAUGUGUAGUAGAGUAACGUACUGCGCAACAACAGGAGACAAAACGAAAGUGAAAGCAGUUGAGGUAAAAACGCGGCGCAACUUCACAUUUUAACGUAAUGUAAAGUUAUCGUAUUUGUGUACAUUGGAACACGACAAGAAUGUUCAGGACUGAACAAUACUAAAGCAUUUUACAUUGUAAGUACAUUUAUUCAAGGCCAGCAGCGGACACGGAAGCAAAAUGGAUCGAAAACAGGAGAAUAAAGAAUUAGGAUUUAGAUAACUGUUAAUAGUAGAUAUGGACACACAAGACUCAGAGGAGGAUGAUGGGAAGAUGGAGUGUGAACAGAUUCUACAAGAUGAAGCGACAUCUCCAGACUCCCCCUCCACACCACUACAAAGUGAUCAGACAGUAGUACUGAAACAGUUUAGGGACAAAGCUCCACGUGAAAGAAGAAAUAAAAGGCUGAGACGAGAUGAAGCAACAUCUCCAGCCCCUUCCUGCACAUCUCUACAAAGUGAUCAGUCAAUGGAUCGACCGGUAAAGUUCAAAGAAACAACUCAAAAUAUAAGGCUGAGACCAGAUAAAGCAACAUCUCCUGCUCCUUCCUGUACAUCUCUACAAAGUGAUCAGUCAAUGGAUCGACCAGUACAGUUCAAAGAAAGAACUCCAGAUAUAAGUGUUAUAAGGAAGAAUGUUAAGGAGCCAUUUCGUAGACCUGAUAGUUCAUGGCGAAAGGAGGCUCCAUCUCCAGAUAUCAGCACACUUUCAGCAACACUGCUGACAGAGGAUCAUUACAGAUGUUCAGUGUGUACAGAGGUCUUCAAGAAUCCAGUUUCUAUUCCCUGUGGACACAGUUACUGCAAACACUGCAUUGAGAUCUACUGGAGCAAACCAACUCAAGCUGAAUGUUACGCUUGUCCUCAGUGCAGAAAGAGGUUCAGAGAUCGGCCUGUGUUAAAUGUUAAUGUUGCUUUAGCUAAAGUGAUAGAUGAACUACAGCAGGCUGGGUUUAGUCCUGCUCUUCCUGCUCACUGCUAUGCUGGACCUGAAGAUGUGUCCUGUGAUAUCUGUACUGAUAUGAAGCUCAAAGCUGUUAAAUCCUGUUUGACCUGCUGUGUGUCUUACUGUGAGACUCACGUCAGACAACACUACACUGUACCAGCACUACAGAGACACAACCUGGUGGAGCCUUGCAGUCUAUCAUGGGACAAUGAGACCACUGGAACAUCCAUUGCAGUGAAAAGAUUUCAAGAAGAUAACAAAGUGUUUGCAGCAACAGUGACAAAACUUAAAUCGAUCUUGAAAGAAAAGGACGCACAGGCAAAACGUUUGUGUAAAGGGUUUGAAGUUCAUUGUAAAGAUUUCCCCUCAGACAUUAUUGAAGUGUCUGCUCUUAGUCACCCCUUGUGCCUUGGAAUGUUGUAUGGUCCUGAAAAUGACUAUUACAGUCAAAGUAAGACUUGAACUUUUCCUGAAUUUUGUUUAUUAAUAGGGCAGUA